CUCCCCCAAACCCCCCUAACUCUCUCUCUACUUUUAAUCGUUCCCUUCAUUCACUCCCCUUUCACUUUUUCCCUUCCAACAACACAAAAUUUUUGUUCAUUUCAUACUAAUUGUCAUUAAUUUUGAGACCCAAAAACAUGGACAACCAACGAAGUCCUCUUCUUAGUUGGGCUUUCUACUGCCACGGCAAGUCGAUGGAGGAGCUGAAGCAGUCUCUGAUGUACACUACCCUUGAGCUGGAACAAACAAGAGCAACUGUCCAAGAAGAACUAAGAAAAAGAGACGAUCAGCUUCUCACCCUAAAGGAGCUUCUCAACAAAGUCAUAAGAGAAAGAGAUGAAGCUCAAGAGAAAUGCCAGAGACUAGUGUUGGAGAAAAUGGUUUUUCAGCACCAAACCGCACCUGCUUCUGGAGUUUCCAGCAUUGAGGACGAGCCAAGAAGGGGAAUUAAUGACUCCUCCAACAAUGGCCUCUCUUCAUCAGAUUGUGAAGAAAGCAUUGUUUCCUCUCCAGUUAUGGAGCAUUUGCCACCACAACAGCAACAGUUGCCAGAGUCAAUGAUUGAGCUAAUCUCACCAGAUAAACCGUUGCCAGAAAAGGGUAAGCUUUUGCAAGCAGUGAUGAAAGCUGGUCCUUUGCUGCAGACACUGCUUCUUGCAGGACCACUUCCUCAAUGGAGACACCCUCCACCCCCUCUUGAGUCCUUUGAGAUUCCACCUGUCACCAUUCCUUCACCACCACAACCACAACUUCCUCAUCAAGAUUCCUUCACCUCGAACUGUGGGAGAGUCAGUAGGAAAAGGGUUUUCUGUGAGGGCACUGAUUCCCCCACACAGAACAAGUUCCAAAGGAUUGUACUCCACUGACAACUACUACUAUUGUUACUGAGUCAGCUUUAUUUAUUAUCCUUUUAGUUUUUCAUUUAUAAUAUGUUUUAAAGGUUAGGUGUUCGAUUCGACUGAUCUAGCAUAUGUACAGUGGUUUUUGUUUUAACUUGGUGGAAGGAAAAGAACUUGAAGGGAAGAAAAAGAAAAUGGUUGAUUUUGGGUUUCUGCUGGUGAUGUUUUGGUGGAUGAAGGAUUUGUCCUUGGCUGGCAUUUUUGCCCUUCUCACAUUUUCCUUUUGUUUCGUGUGAAGUGAAAGGGUCACUGAAAUUGUAAUGUAACUAGGAUACUACUGUAGUGCAGUAAGUAAUAUGAGUGUGUGUGUGUGUGAGAGAGAGAUUGAUGUAUUAGAUCACAUCAACAAUUAAGGGGAUGGGUGAUUUGGGUGUGUAGUCGUUGGGGUUGGGGUUGGGGGGAUGGUGUGGCCAACCACCAAGAGCGACGGCCACGAGUUCUGUGUGUCGGGUUAGGUGGACCCACAAAUCAGAAUCAGGAUCUAUUACUGGUGUGGUGUAUGAUUAUAUUAAGCUUUAUUAGACAAGUUAUCAUUAUUCACUUCUAAUCA